GAGUGAUUAAGAGGAACAAUAAUGGAAACCGAAACUAAACUAAUCUCGAUAGAGACUAUCACACCCUCUUAUCCAACCCCAAAAUCUCUUCAAAAACACCAACUUUCAUAUCUUGAUCAAACCAUGCUUCCAUCAUUCAUUCACUUGGUCUACUUCUACUCACCAAACCCCAAAAUUUCCAAUUCCGAAAAAUCAAAGCAGCUAAAGAAAUCCCUAUCAGAGGCCCUCUCCAUAUACUACCCCCUCGCUGGCCGCCUCGUCGGCAACCUCUACGUCGACUGCAACGAUGCCGGAAUCCCCUUCUCCGAGGCCGAAGCCGACAUCGAUCUCUCGCAAGUCACCACCAACCAAAACCAUACAUAUUUGAAGAAAUUUCUACCUCUCACAACGGAUGAUCUUUGCCUGGCCAUUCAGGCCACCUUUUUCCGGUGCGGCGGCCUCGCCGUGGGGAUCAGCUUCGCACACAAGAUCGGCGACGGGUUAUCUUUUGUCUUGUUCGUCAACACCUGGUCCGCCGUCGCCAGAGACGGCAGUGGCGGCGGCGUGGCGCUCCCCAAAUUCGACACGGCCACCUAUGCGCCGCCGCUGGACGUCCUGAACGAACUCCAGCAACCUGCAGCUGAAGGACUUAAAGAGGAAGAGGUGGCCGGCAGAAUCUUGACGUUCUCGGCGACUGAGAUCGCCGCUCUCCAGGAAAGGUACGCUGGCUCGAAUGGGCGUCGGCCCACCCGAGUGGAGGCGUUAUCAGCUUUUAUAUGGAGCGUGUAUACAGAGAUCAAAUCCGAGCCGGGUUGGGUCGGGUUAGUGUAUAAAAUGGCAAACUUGAGGAGCCGGGCCGAGCCGCCUCUGUCAGAAUAUCAGUUCGGUAACGUCAUCGUGACACUGAGGGUGGACGUGGCGGCGGGGAACAGCGGCGGAGAGCUGACGUGGAAGCUGCGGGAUGCGUUGAAGGAGAUCGACGGCGGUUAUUUGGGACGGCUGAAGAAGAGGGAGGUGCAAAUGGAAGAGUUAACGGCUCAUACGCAAGACAGUCAGCGGGCUAUGGAGAGAUUCUUCUUCUCGAGUUGGUGUAGGUUUCCUUUUUACGAAGCGGAUUUCGGGUGGGGCGGACCCGAGCGGGUCAUAAAUGGCGGGUCGCCUGUCAAGAAUGUGGCAUAUUUUAUGGAUACAAAGAGUGGGGGUGGAAUUGAGAUAUUGCUUCAGUUGACCAAAUCAAAUAUGGAUAAACUUGAAGCUCGUUUAAUGUUAUAAGGGUAAUUAAUUAAGGAGUACUGUACUAGUAAAGAAUAAAAAGCAAGGGAAAUGAUAAUUGUUUGUACCAAGCCAUUGAUCAAAUUAAUGAAAGGACACAAUUUUCUAUUCUA